CCCCUCGUACGAACCUCGUCGUUGGCCAUCUCUGCUGGCAAUCCUUGCUGCUACGUACGGCCCACACCACUCUCAGCAGCAAACAUCAUGCGCAGUAUCGGUCUGUUCGGCUGCUGGCUGCUGGCUGCCUCGCAGCUCGCAUCGGCCAAUACCAAUCCCGAGCGCCAGACCGUCUUCUCUGCCCCCCACGGCUCCACUAGCUCGUCCUCUGCUUCAUCUGGGCCGCGCAAAAUUGCCAUCAUCGGCUCGGGUCCAUCAGGCGCCUCUGCUGCCUACUGGCUGAGUAGAGCCCAGCAAAAGCUAGACGAGCUCGGCAGGGCUGAAGAAGGUUUCGAGCUUCACUUGUACGAAAGGGAGGAGCGUAUCGGUGGGAGGGUCAAGGUCACCUACCCUUUCGAUGACGAGGAGCACUAUGAGGCGGUAGAAUUGGGGGCUAGCAUCUUUGCUGAGGUCAACAAGAAUAUGGAGAGGGCAGCAAAGACCUUCCGCCUGCCUAUGACAGCCCAUCUAGGGGAGGAAGACUCUCUCACAGGAGUCUGGGACGGACAGCAAUUCGUGCUCGAUGACUUGGGAGGCUCCUGGUGGUCAUCAGCACGGCUCUUCUGGCGAUACGGCUACUCCCCCAUCACCACCAAGAAUUUGGUCACAGAGCUCAAAGACAAAUUCCUCAGGCUGUACGAUCCGGCCUUUCUGCACCGGCCGAAGAGCGCAAACACUACCGAGAGCGGCUACCCGUGGGGUUCGAUUGAGAAAAUGGCCAAGCACUUGAACCUAUCCGACUCGGCCAGUGCAGACGCCCAGUCCUGGUUCUACGGCAAGGGCGUCUCGCAGCUCUUCACUCAGGAGCUCAUUGAAGCAGCUAGCCGAGUCAACUAUGGUCAGAAUACAGACUCCAUCCAUGCCUUGGGUGCAGGUGUCAGUCUGGCUGCUUCCGGGGCAACGGGCAUCAAGGGUGGCAAUCAUCGUGUAUUCGAAGAGAUGAUUGCCAGGAGCGACGCUCGAGUCCAUCUGGGUGAACAUGGCGAGGUGACUGGCCUAGUGAAGUACGACUCCAAGGAGCUGUUCCAGGCGUUCGCAGCCGGACAGCUUCCCGGCGUAUCCGAGAGCGAAGUGACAGCCAGCAAGGAUGGCUCGACCAAGUGGUGGGUCGGUACAGCUGCGGGCGGGGGCGGGCUCUUUGAUGCCGUCUUCAUCGGCACACCUUGGCACGCGGGUGGGAUCACUCUCCUCAACACUGAGGCGACAAUCCCGGUCAACAAGUACGUCCACCUCUACGUCACCCUUCUGGCUACGAACGCCUCACAUCCCAGCGCCCAGUACUUUGGUCGAACCCAAGGCUCAGACGUGCCUAAGGCAAUCCUGACGACCUAUGAAGCCGUGCGUAAGGCCGAUGCACCUGCAAAGCCCAAGGUAGACAAGAAGUGGUAUCACUUUGGCCACUUCGGAUCUGAGACUAUCGCCGCCAAGCGUCCGGAACUCGAAUUCACCUCUCUGACCUACAUGUCCACAUUGCCGGCAAGGUCUUCCUCAGCAGCUCAAGACCACCUCGUGAAGAUCUUCAGCCUGCAGCCUCUCUCGGACGAGAAGCUAGACGAGCUCAUCGGCGCAGACACCAUUGGCUGGGUGUACCGCCAAGAGUGGGAUGCUUACCCUGAGCUGCACCCCACUACCGUCUUCCCACCGAUCACGCCCGAUGAGGGCCUCUACUAUAUGAAUGCAAUGGAGCCGUUGAUCAGUACCAUGGAGACUAGCACGGUCAGCAGUCGAAAUGCCGUGGCGCUGGCGCUGGAAAAGUGGUUGGGGUUGGACUUUGUCAUCGGUACUGAGUGCGAUUUCUCCACGGCUGACGAAGAGUCGUGGGACGGUUGGGGAUGCCAUUCUGGUUGAGCUCAAACAAAAAGGCUUUGUACCACUGCGAUGAAAUUGUACCUUGCCAAAACGGUCCAUCGAUGCAAUGCCGACGGCUCUGAGCGUGG